AUGAGCAUGAUUGACAUCCCGUGUAGAUUCUUAGAAUUCUCAUAUAGACAUGGCAAGGAACCUUAUGGAUGUUGGAUUAAAGAUCAAGAAAUAGCAGAAAAUCAACAAAUAAAUUUUAUUGGUCAACAUUUAAAUGGCAAAACCAACAAUGAUGUAAUCAGCAUUCAAUUUGACAGCUGCACAGUCACAAAAAUUCCACAAGGAUUGACAAAAAUCUUUCCAAAUUUGGUAAUUUUCGAGAUUGACAACUCAAACCUGAGCCAAAUAACCAAAAAUGAUUUGAAAGAAUACAAAAAUUUGAAGAAAUUUAUUUGCACGAGAAAUGAGCUUGAUUUCCUGCCCGGCGACUUAUUUGAAGGAUUUGAAAAUUUGGAAUUUAUCAGCUUUUGGGGAAAUAACUUGAAACUAAUUGAUUGUGAAAUUUUGGAUGGACUUGAGAAGUUGAAUCAUGUAAAUUUUAAGAAUAAUCCAAAUUACAGCAAAUGCUACUCAAUUUAUCAAGUUUAUAAGUCAAAUGCAAGUCUGCAUGAAGUAAAAGUGGAAUUGACUGAUAAAUUUCCAGCGAUUUUAAGGAAUUCAAGAGAAUUUGGACAGGAACCUGUGAAUAUUGAAAGUCGAGAGCUAAAAAUGGAUGUGAAUAAGUCAAAAGUUGAUAAAUUUGAACUUAAAGGCUCAAGUGCGACUAUAGAAAAGCUAGUUUUUCAACAUUUUGUGAUGAUUCUUCUUUUUCUUGUGCUUAGAAAAUAA